AUGGGGGAUUGGAAUUUAUUGGGCAGUGUCCUUGAGGAAGUUCACUCCCACUCAACCAUAGUGGGGAAAAUUUUGUUGACCAUCCUCUUCCUUUUUCGAAUGCUGGUGCCUGGUGUGGCUGCUGAAGAUGUUUGGAAUGACGAACAGUCAGCCUUUGCCUGCAACACCCAGCAGCCAGGUUGCCACAAUAUCUCUUAUGAUGGUGCUUUCCCUAUCUCUUUGAUCAGUUUCUGGGCUUUACAGAUCAUCUUUGUGUCUUCUCCCUGUCUGGUGUUUAUGGGUCAUGCACUUUAUAGACUCAGGGUCUUUGAAAAGAAGAGGCAGAGGAAAAAAUCGCACCUUGGAGCACAGAUGGAGAAUCCAGAGCUUGAGUUGGACGAGCAUCAAGAUAGAGGACUGAAGAUGUUGGAGGAACAGAAGAAGAUCCAUGAAGUCCCUCUGAAAGGAUUUCUGCCACGUACUUACAUCUUACACAUCUUGACAAGAUCUGUGCUGGAAGUAGUGUUCAUGGUAGGCCAGUAUAUUCUCUACGGAUUUCAAAUGCACCCCCUUUACAAAUGCACUCAACCUCCUUGUCCCAGUGCAGUAGAUUGCUUUGUAUCCAGGCCCACAGAGAAGGCCAUUUUCAUGCUCUUUAUGCACAGCAUUGCAGCCAUCUCUUUGUUCCUCAGCGUACUGGAAAUAUUUCAUCUAGGAAUCGGGAAAAUCAUGAAGGCACUUCAUGAGAAAUCCAGUGGUGAGGGUAGUGAGGAUGAAAGAGGUUCUCCAUUCCACUUGAAAAAAUAUUCAGUGACCCAGCAGCGUAGGAUUUGCUCCUCCUUGCCUGAAAGAAUCUCUGUACUUCAAGCCAGCAAUCAACAGAAGGUCAUUCAAGUCAGUGUGCCGAAGUCUAAAACCAUGGGGCAAAUCCUACAGCCCAGGCAAUUUGAGAUAGACUUUUGCUGCAGUAAGGAAGUCUGGGCUGAGAAGGAUCAGCACAGCGGACAGCUCCAUGUCCACAGCCCUGUCCCUGUUAGGAUUCAGCACCUGGGACAGCAACCAGACCAUUCCUCAUUUAACUUCCAAAAUACAAUGUCCCAGUCUUGGCUAGGUAAAAGGGCAGCUCCUAGACACUUGUCAUCCUCUGCACUAGGAACCUGGGAGCAGUACCAGGACCUGAAACCCUCGGGAGAGCCUUCCACAGAUUUGUACAGUCCCUGCAGAGCCAGUGAUGGCAGCAUGAGAGAGAAUGGUGUCUGGACAGAGAGAUCUCACUCAGGCAGUCACAAGGCCAGCUUUCUAUUCAGUUUGCUGCCCGAAAAGCAAUAGCUACACAGUGACUCAGGAAGCUCCAGUUCUCAGAAUAGCUCUUGA